UUUAUCGGAUGAUAAUUAUUUAAAAAUGCGUGUCAUGAGGAUUGCCUCCCUUUAAUGUUAUUCACUUCUAAAGCUACCUGUGGCUUUCCUGAGCGUUUCGUUACAUUACACUUGAGACUUUCACACAGUCAGACACACAAGCUUCAUCAUGGCUGGACGCCUGCUGUUUGUCAUCCUCAUGUAUUGCUUUCACAUGUAUCAAGCACAAGAUCUUCCUCCACCGACACUGACAGUGAAUCCUCCGGUGAUCACAGAGUCAGACUCAGUCACUCUGCACUGUCAGACUCCACCCUCUGUUUCUGUGUCUCAGUGUUAUUUCUACACUUUAAGUGGAGGAACUAGAGGCUUCUCUUGUCUGAAGACUCUGACAGGAACUGAGCUGCUGCAGAUGUCACAGCAGAGUUCACCUGUUGAUGUUCAAGUGAAAUGUUUUUACAUUGUAAUGUUUAAAGGGUCAAAUUCUCUAUCUCCACACAGUGACCUGUCCUCCAUCACCAUAGACAAUCCUCUUCCACCGACACUGACAGUGAAUCCUCCGGUGAUCACAGAGACAGACUCCGUCACUCUGCACUGUCAGACUCCGCCCUCUGUUUCUAUGUUACACUGUUAUUUCUACACUUUAACUGGACUCAUUGUCAGAGGCUUCUCUUGUCUGAAGACUCUGACAGGAACUGAGCUGCUGCUGAUGUCACAGCAGAGAUCACCUGCUGAGGUUCAAGUGAAAUGUUUUUACACGGUAACGUUUGGAGGGUCAACUUCUCCACACAGUGACCUGUCCUCCAUCACCGUACACACUCUCCGUCCCCCGACACUGACAGUGAAUCCUCCGGUGAUCACAGAGACAGACUCCGUCACUCUGCACUGUCAGACUCCGCCCUCUGUUUCUAUGUUACACUGUUAUUUCUACACUUUAACUGGACUCAUUGUCAGAGGCUUCUCUUGUCUGAAGACUCUGACAGGAACUGAACUGCUGAAGAUGUCUCAGCAGAGAUCACCUGUUGAGGUUCAAGUGAAAUGUUUGUACACUGUAAAACAUGGAGGGUCAACUUCUCCAUCUCCACACAGUGACCCGUCCUCCAUCAACAUAUACAAUACUGUAGAAAAGGAGUCAAGCACCACCCAGUCGAUUGCACCAUCAAAGGAUUCCACAGGUCUGACUGUUAUUAGUCCCUAUCCUUUCCCCCCUGUAACACCUGCAAAACAGACAUCAGGUUGGACUGUCGUAAUGUCAAAGAACACUGGUAGUUCCUCCUCUUCCUCCCCAACACCAGUGAAAGCAGCAUCAGCAGAAAUAUGGAAGUUUGUAGCAGUUGUGGCUGGAUGUGGAGUUGCUGUGGGCGUCAUCCUGCUGGUUUCUGCACUUCUCUGUAACAACAAAAUAACUGCUGGUCCCGAUGAGGUGAAAAGGCAGGAUACCAAAGUUGAAUAUUCUGACACAUACCAUAUGUACUGCCCUGAGGAGCCAGCUGCUUCAGACCUGAUGAUGGGUCAAAUGUACAGCAAGGUGCAGUCACACUGAAGCCGUUCGUACUGAACAGAGUGCAAGAGGAACAAGUCUAAAAAACUAUGUGUUUGAAGUAAACUUUUAUAAUCCAAACUAAUGUUAGACGACUGAAAUGUAUUUCUCUCAUCAACCAAACUGAGAUUAAAAAAAAUGUAGCCAAACUUUUACCUAAAGCAAAAGUUGAGUCUUUCUAGUUUGUAAAUGUGUUUCUGUUUAAUGUUGUGUAUGCUGUUUUACAUCUAUUAUUAACACAAGUUGAAAAAAGGGAAAACCCUAAUAUAUACUGUAUAUCUAUUAAAUCGGAUGUAACUUGUAUAGUAACUCUGUGACUAUGCCCUAUAAAUGUAUUUAUACUGCUUUGAAUUUCAUUGUUUCAGUUGAUCCCUUAUCCAUUGUUUCACAUCAGUUUCCACACACACACAGAAACCAACAGACACACAGAGAAAAUAACACCAGGGGUAAAUAAAGGAAGGAAAAUAUGUCUUUGUAUUUAUUCAUCAUCUCUCUCAAACAUGAGGAUACGUGUUUGUGGUCACCUUCACACAUUAUGGCUGUAAUAUCAAUGGAACAUUCUGAGAUCUUCUUCAUGCAUCUUUAGCUCGUCUGAAAUGUCUUCUGCUUUAAAACAAGGAGAAACUGGCAGAAUAAAGCAAGUUCUAAAAUAAAUAAAAAUGAUGGCACUGUCAACAGUUUUUAGCAACUUACUGCCAAAAAUA